AUGAACUCGUCAUCCGCCAACGUGACCGUGGUCAUCGAGUACAGAGACUCCUUCACCAAAGCUGUGGCCAAGAAUGUGAUUGUUGUCGUUCUCGGCAUCUCCAUCAACUACAUCAAUGCAGGUCUCAUUCACACCUUCUGCAAACACCAGAUCUUCUUCACAAAUCCACGCUACAUCCUUUUCAUUCACCUGGUUGUUAAUGACAUGAUCCAAAUGACGCUGACCGUCACCCUGUUUGUUAUCAGCUACACCAUCUACAAACUCAGCGUCUCCGUCUGCUGCACCUUCAUCCUGAUGACUCUGCUCACCACUGAAAACACCCCUCUGAACCUGGCCUGCAUGGCAGUCGAGUGCUACAUCGCCAUCUGCCUUCCUCUUCGCCACAUGCAGAUCUGCACCGUCAGGAGGACUUUGAUGCUGAUUGGUUCAAUAUGGGCGACCAGCAUGUUGUCAGUUCUUCCUGAUCUUUUCAUCACCUUGGCCACAGAGCCAGUGGAUUUCUUCCACUCCAGAGUAUUCUGUCUGCGGCAAACUGUCUUCCCAAGUCCGCUCAUUACCAAGAAGAGGGACAUCACAUACACAGUGUUUCUAGUCUUAGUGUGGCUCAUUAUCUUUUAUACUUACUUCAGAAUUCUGUUCACUGCAAAAAGAUUAAGCAAAAACGCCAAGAAAGCCAGAAACACAAUCCUCCUCCAUGGAUUUCAGCUGCUGCUUUGUAUGACCACAUAUGUAGCCCCUCGGUUAUUAAAUGUGUUACUGCAAUGGUUCCCUCAGACUUAUACAGACUUCCUCUUAGCUUAUUAUAUUAUUGUGCAGGUCCUGCCACGAUCCAUCAGUCCAAUCAUCUAUGGCAUACGAGACAGUACUUUCAGGAGGUAUCUGAAGAGGUAUCUGUUGUGUAAAGUUAGGACAACCUAA